UCUUAUCUAUGUCAGCUGGCCAUUUUUUUGGAUACUAUGUCUUAGUUUAUGAAUGGUAAAGCUGUCGUUACUCCGUUUGGACUUCACUAUUAAGUUGGCCCAAACAAGACAAACUUGAUUUUUAAAUAGUGAAUUUUUUUGUGGUCUGAUGUAACAGAAAUGGUAUAAUAUUCCGCAAACUUCAUUGCCACACACAAAACACCAAAGCUAUUGGACAAUUAUUGGAUUUAACUUGUAUGAUAUGAUAUACUAUAUGAUAAUUAUAGUACUACUCUCCUACCUUCUUAUUCGUCGAUUUAAGCAUUACUUGUUAUUUCCUUUGCUUCAAUUUGGACCGUUUCCCAUAAUCCUAUGACCAUAUAAAUUUACAACUCUGUCCACCAAAAUGUAACCCUGAAAGUUAUCAUUUGAACAUCAAAGAUUAAGAAACAAGAAUGGGCAAACUACACAUACUGAUGAUACCAUAUCCAGUACAAGGCCAUGUUAUCCCCUUUAUGCAGCUAGCUCAAUCCUUAGCCAAAUAUGGCUUCAAGAUCACUUUUGCCAUCUCAGAGUCCUCUCACAUGUGUAUACUAAAUUCUUUAUCAGGAAAAAAUAGUUUGCAUGAUCAGAUUCAUCUGAUUUCAGUUUUAGAUGAAUCAGAAUCAGGGGAUAAAAAUGUGCCUGGUAGCAUAUUUGAAGCAAUCUUUAAAGUCAUGCCUCGGAAAAUUGAGAAGUUAAUUCAAGAAAACAAUACAUCUGAGGUUGAUCAAAUUAGUUGUGUUAUUGCUGAUCUGUGCUUUGGAUGGGCUAUGGAACUUGCAGAAAAAAUGAGAAUUAAGAGAGCAACCUUCAUAACUGCUGCAGCUGCUAAUUUGUUACUGGGUUUUAACAUUCCAGAGUUGAUUGAUGAUGGCAUAAUUGACAAUGAUGGAACUCCAGCAAUAAAAGAUCGUAUGUUUCAGUUUGAACCAACUAUGCCUAUCAUGAACUCCUCAGAUUUAGUUUGGACAAGCAUGGGGAAUUUGACAAUGCAGAAACUCAUUUUUGACAUGAUGGUUCACAACAACAAAGCUAUGAAAUCAGCAGAUUGGCUGAUUUGCAACUCAACAUAUGAUCUUGAACCAGGAGCCUUCAAACUAGCACCAGAGAUUGUGCCUAUAGGUCCCCUUUUGUUUAGCAAUUAUCUCGAACUGAGCACGUUGCCUCCAGAAGCAGAACCCAGUAUUUCUUCUAAAGAAUCUCCUAAUUCACAGGCCGGAUCCUUCUUGCCCGAGGACUUUACUUGCCUAAACUGGCUUGAUCAACAACCAUUAUGCUCAGUUGUGUAUGUUGCCUUUGGGAGCACCACAAUAUUCAAUGAAGCUCAAUUUCAAGAAUUAUCUCUGGGGCUUGAACUAUCAAACAAACCGUUCUUAUGGGUUGUAAGAACUAAUGCUACAAAUGCUAAAAUUAAUAUUUUCUUGAAAAGUUUUGUGGACAGAAUAGGGAGGCAAAAAGGGAAAAUAGUGAGUUGGGCACCCCAACAAAAGGUUUUAAGUCAUCCUAGUGUAGGUUGUUUUGUUAGCCAUUGUGGUUGGAAUUCCACAAUAGAAGCAAUAAGCAAUGGAGUUCCAAUCUUGUGUUGGCCUUAUUUUGCUGACCAGUUUAUGAACAAGAGUUACAUUUGUGAUAUAUGGAAGGUUGGAUUAGGACUACAGAAAGUGGAUAAUGAGAUCAUUAGUUGUGGAGAAAUUAAGGAUAAAAUGGAGCACUUGCUAGGAAAUGAUGCAUUCAAGAAAAGAGCUUUGAAACUCAAGGAAAUGACUAUGAACUCAGUGAAAGAAGGUGGUAGGUCUCGCCAGAAUUUGAUAAAUUUCUUUGAAUGGAUUAAAUCAUCAUAAAGAAAUUGAAGAAAGAUUCAAUGUUUCUGCUUAAUUGUGUGGUGUGGUUUUUAUUAUGUUUUACCAAGUGUAUUCUGUUUUUGUAAUUUGUUUCUCAUUGGGGCAACAAAAAAGGCUACAAUGACUUUCAGCGGAUUGAAAUGAUUUUUCAAUAUCUUA